AUGCCGACAGGUAGAACGGUGACACCGCCGCUGGAUGUGGAUGCAACCACGAUGGGCCCAGGCACCCCGGCUCGAGCCAACUCGUCGACCAUGCUUGGCCUGGUGGAUGAUUCGACGCUCGAGGUUGUGAUCGUGGUGGCAGCAGCCGUUGGGUUGCUGUUGCUACUGCUGGGAAUCAAAACGUGCUGCUGUCGCCAACGCGGACACAGCAGUCUUGUUCACCGCCUUGAAGAGGGCGACGGGUCAGUGGAGGACGAGGUGAGCGAGCGCCACUGUGGUUGGUGUUGCUGCUGUCGCGAUGACGCCAAGGGCUGGUCCGAUGGCUUUGAACUGUACGCCUCCACACAGCCCGAAUGGGAUGACUCCUUUGACAAGGGCUCUACGCCACAAUCUGACCGUUUGGCCAAGUUGCGGCACAAGAUAUACAUGAACGCCCAGUUGCUGGCCCAGACCGAUGCAGACACUUUGCACUCUGAGCAGGCCUUGGUCGUGGAUGGCCAACCCUUGGCCACACGCGCAUAG